AACGAAGACUAUGAAAUUCCGAUCGUGCCAAAAGCAAAAAGCUUAGAGUACCUAGAGUAGAUUAUAUCAAGAUGAAGGAGAAUCUUAACAACACGCCUGGGUGUAACUAUAGAGGGGAACUCGAGCUCUCACCGAACUGCGUCGCCAUGUUUCCCCAGCAAAAAUCUGCGAAGAAGGACUCUACAGGCUCAUAGCACUUCACCUCGUUACCAUUAAGUCCAGCAUACAACCUCACCAACUACAAGAGCGAGGACCAGAUAUCUAACAAUUCAUUAUUGGCCUAGCACGACACGCGAUUUACGAAUGUCUCGAGGAAGUGCCGCAUAGCAUAACCCCGCACAUCAAAACACAUAACAUAGUGCCCUUGGACCCCCC